AGACUCAUGUCAACAUUAAUUUUUAGUAUUUUCGUUUGGAAUUAAAAAAAUAAUCAAAUUUUCAAAAUAUCAUACAUAUAUUGAAAUCAUUUAAAUAUUUUAAAUUAUUUGUAGUAUCAUAUACAUUAGUUAUCCGACAGGGUAGCUAAAUACUUAGGCAAAUACACCCAAAUAUCUACUUAUGUAAUGUAUGUAUAUAUGAACAUACAUAUUUAUGCACACUCAACAAAAGUAAUAUUUAAUAGUUAAUAAAUAGAUAGACUCACAGUAUAUUUUCAAUAUACUUUAUGCAGUCAUGUAUAACUGACGUGUCUGUUGGAGCAAGUUGAAAAUAAAUUAGCAUUUAAACGCAUAUAAAAAUAAAAGUAUCAAAAUGUCAACUAAUUUUUCAAUUAAUGGCAAAAUUUACAAUAUUACCCUAUCCAGUCUACCAGCGGAUAUAACUUUAAAUACUUUUAUUCGUGAACAUGCGGGACUCACAGGUACAAAAUAUAUGUGCCAAGAGGGCGGUUGCGGUGUAUGUAUUUGCGUUGUUACGGGAAAACAUCCGAUUACUGGAAAUAUACGAACAUGGACUGUCAACUCUUGUUUGACAUUGCUGAAUACGUGCAGAGAUUGGGACAUAACAACUACGGAAGGCAUUGGUAAUAAGAAUGUUGGCUACCAUCCGAUUCAGACACGUUUGGCCAAAAUGAAUGGCACUCAAUGUGGUUUCUGUUCGCCUGGAUUCGUAAUGAAUAUGUAUGGUUUAUUGAAAUCUAAGGGUGGCAAUGUUACUAUGAAAGAGGUGGAAAACUCUUUCGGAGGCAACAUUUGUCGCUGUACUGGAUACCGACCUAUAUUAGACUCUAUGAAGUCUUUUGCAGUCGAUAGCACAAUUGCAGUUCCUACAGAGUGUCAGGAUAUUGAAGACAUCAAUAAUAUAGUAUGUACUAAGUCUUCAAACCUGUGCCAAGGUUCUUGUACCCGAUCGUCAAUAAAAUAUAAGGACGGUUGUCAUUGGUCUUGGCCCAAGUCAAUCGCUGAAGUCUUCUCAUCUAUCGAAAAAUUACAAAAUAACAAAUAUAUAUUGGUUGCUGGUAAUACUGCUACUGGUGUUUUCCGACGUGAUCCCUCUAUUAACACAUUUAUCGAUGUCAAUGGUGUAGCUAAACUUAGACAACACAGUAUUACUCCAAAAGCCAUUACAUUAGGCGGUAACUUAAGUUUAACAGAUACAAUGUCAAUAUUUGAGGAGGCAGCUAACAUGAAAGGAUAUGAAUAUUGUGAGCAACUGUGGAAGCACUUUGAUUUGAUUGCAAAUAUACCAGUACGAAAUAUGGGUACCUUAGCAGGUAAUCUUAUCAUGAAGUACUAUCAUAAAGAUUUUCCAUCCGAUGUAUACAUCGUAUUUGAAGCACUAAAUGCUCAAGUGGUACUUCAAGAAAAUGCUGUGGAAGAAAAAACACUUAUUAACAUGCAAGAUAUUCCAGGAAAAAACACAAUUACUGGUGAUGAACCAGUAAUUGGAAACGAAGAAUUAUUUGUAAGUGGUACAAUUAAAUAUCACAAUCAACCAAUCGGAUUAAUAGUAGCAGAGUCAAAUGCCACUGCUAACGUUUCAGCUGUUAGUUAGUUAGUAAAAAUCACUUAUGAUUGCAAAGAAGUUGAAGUUUUACCCACUCUUCAUGAUGUUAUCAACAGUGGCUGCUCUGAUAGAAUCAAUCAUACGGUUAAGUCACUUAUAGAAAAUCUAAAUGUUGAAGAAAAAUAUGAUGUACGUGGCUCGGGAAAAUUGGAUUUGGGCCUGCAAUACCAUUUUUUCUUGGAACCACAUACCGCCGUAGUUAUUCCUUUUGAAGGUGGAUUGGAGGAAAAAUUGUAUGAAUUUACUGAUAAUUACAAAUUAGAUGGAUUUAUGAUUAUAACUGAUUCACCCAGUAACACACCCUGCCGAGGGCCUGGUUCCGUCGAAGGAAUUGCAAUGAUUGAAAACGUUAUCGAACAUAUUUCUUUUGAAACAGGACUAGACCCAGUCGACGUACGUAAAGCUAAUUUAAUUCCUGGUCAUAAAAUGGAUCAAAUGAUAGAACACUUUAUACAAUCAACUCAUUACAAAAUGCGAAAGCAGAAAGUUAAAACCUUUAAUGAGAAUAAUCGCUGGCGAAAGAAAGGUCUGGGAAUCACCAUCAUGGAGUACCACAUUGGCUACUUUGGACAAUUCCCUGCUACUUUAGCCAUUUAUCAUCGUGAUGGCACAGUAGUCAUUUCACAUGGUGGUAUUGAAAUGGGUCAAGGUAUGAAUACGAAAAUUGAAGAAUUAGCGUCUCUUCAAUUAGGAAUACCAGUGAAUAUGAUUCGAUUCGAAGGUAGUAAUACUAUUAAUGGUGCUAAUGGCAUUGUGACGGGAGGAUCUAUUGGCAGCAAAACACUCUGCUAUGCGGUUCGCAAAUGCUGCAAUACAAUUAAUGAACGUUUAAAAAAUGUACGGGAAUCCCUUAAAAAUCCGUCAUGGUUAGAAAUAAUACAAACAGCUUACAAUAAACACAUUAGUUUGAUUGUAAGCGAAGAUUGUAAGGCCAACGACAUGGAUCCCUAUACUGUUUGUGCUCUAGGUCUAGUUGAAGUGGAAGUCGACAUACUUACCGGAAAUUAUCAUCUUACUCGGGUGGAUAUUUUGGAAAAUGCUGGUGAGAGUCUGAAUCCAAAUGUAGAUAUUGGACAAAUUGAGGGAGCAUUCAUGAUGGGUAUCGGCUAUUGGACUUCUGAAGAAAUAGUUGUUGAUAAAAAUACUGGGGAACUGCAGACCAACUGUACAUGGAACUAUAAACCCCCCGGAGCUAAAGACAUGCCAAUAGAUUUUCGCAUUGAGAUGUUAGCCGGCAGCCCAAACGUAGCUGGCUUUAUGCGAUCUAAGGCAACUGGUGAGCCAGCAAUUUGUUUGGGAAUAGCUGUAGGUUUUGCUUUACAGGAGGCCUUACAGUCUUCCCGUUCGGAUGCUGGUUUAUCGAAAAAGUGGAUACCGUUAACUGCGCCUAUGACGCCAGAGCGAGUUUUGUUACAUUCAGGUACCGAUUACAGCAUGUUGCAUCUGAAUUAUACUUAAUUGCACAAAUUAAUAAGAAAUUCGAUUGAAUCAUCACAACUCGUUGAACCUCAAAGAGGUUUACAAAAUGUAUCAUAUUAAAAUAAAAUUACCUACGGAUAUAUAAGAACAAACUAUUGAACAAAUGUUUUUUAAUAUAUUAUAAUGUUUAUAGGCACAUACAUACAUAUGUAAUUUAAUGUAAAUGUAUUAUCUAUAAUAUAAAAAUGAAUCGCAAAAUGUGGGAAAAUUAGAAAAAUUGCCUGAAAAAGUCUUAAAUCCACAAUUUUCUAAUCACCCAUACAAACAAUCUGUGUCGUUAGUUUCGAAAAAAGUCGAGAAGGGCCAAACCGAUCUGGCUAAUUUUUGUUUUGAAAUAUUUAUGGAGGGACAGGAAAGGAUUAGAAAAUAAGUAUAUAUCGAAAAAUUGUGAGGAAGAUAACAAGAAGAUGAUUUUAUUUGAAUUGAUAACAAAAUUAUAAAAAAUAACACAAAACAAAAAAUAAUAAUAUUUUGAAAGUUGUCAUUGUUGCUUUGUUAAAAUAUUUUUAUCAUUGUUCAAUUGUACAUUUUAUACUCUCGCAAUUUAUUGAUGUAAUUUUAUUACACACAAUUUGAAAUAAAGUCCAA